AUGAGCUCAACUGAGGGCCAGCCCAAGCUGCUCACCCUGGGCAACAUCCUGGCCGGGGUCCUCGCAUCCACCGCACUGUCCCUCUUCCUGACCUGGCUGCGUGCUCCUCGCUAUGCCAAGGAUAUCCCUCGCGUGGGAGCGGGCAAGAGCUUCCUCGCGGCAUUCACGGAGAUGAAGGGCUGGAUCCAGGAUGGCUACGACAAGUACAGCAAGGAUGGCAAGGCGUUCAUCAUCCCGGGGCUGCUCGGGACGCCGCCUGAGGUGGUCAUCCCGAGGUCGCAGAUGAACUGGAUGCUGGAUCAGCCGGAUCACAUCAUCUCGACGGCUGCUGCCCACUACGACAUCCUGAACGGGGACUACAGCUUUGUCGACAAGAGGGUCCUGGAGGAGCCGUACCAGGAGCACGUGAUCCGGGCCUGCGUUGACGAUAUCUACGGGACGGACGCCAAGGAGUGGAGGACAGUCAACAUCUGGGACUCCCUGAUGGUCCUCAUCCCCAAGGUGACCAACCUGAUGUUCGUGGGCCAGGAGCUGAGCGACAACAAGGAGUACCUCGACAACAUGCUCAACUUCACUGAGGACGUGACGCGGGACCUGAUGACCCUCCCCAUGAUCCCGACCAUCAUCAAGCCCAUCGUGGGCCCGCUGGCCGGGCUGGCGAGCAAGUACCACUACCGCAAGACGGCCAAGCACAGCGUGCCCCUGAUCAAGCAGCGCCUCGAGGACAUGGCCGCCAGGGAGCGCGGCGACCCGGCCUACAAGGACUGGAGGGCCCCCAACGACUACAUCACCUGGACCAUAACCGUGGCGACGGCCGAGGGGCGCGCCGACGAGCUCGACCCCGUGCGCAUAUCCCAGCGGCUGCUGCCCCUCAACUUCGCCGCCAUCCACACGACGGCCAUCACGACGCUGCACGCGCUGCUCGACUUCCUGGGCCACGACAGGAGCCAAAACAUCACCGCGGCCCUGCGCGAGGAGAUGACGCGCGUCCUGGACGGCGAGGAGCCUCGCGGCGAGUGGAACAAGGCCAAGCUGUCGCGGCUGCACCGCACCGACAGCGCCAUCCGCGAGAGCAUGCGCGUCAACGCCAUGGCGCAGACGAUGGUCAUCCGCAAGGUCGUCGCCCCCGGCGGCGUGACCAACGACGCCACGGGCCAGCACUUCUCGCGCGGCACCAUCCUGUCCUGCCCGAUAUGGUGCACGCAGCACGACGAGGACAUCUUUGGGCCCCUGGCCGACAGGUACGAUGCGUUCCGGUACUCGCGGCUGCGGGAGGAGUACGAGGCCCGGGCUGCUGGCGAGAAGAGCGCGGAUGGAGGGCUGAGGGUUGCGAAGAUGGGGAUGGUCACUACUAGUGUUGAGCACUAUGGUUUUGGGCAUGGGAGGCAUGCUUGCCCCGGGCGCUUCUUCGUUGCCCACGAGCUCAAGAUGCUGGUUGCGUAUUUGCUCCUGAACUACGACUUGAAGCCCCUGGAUGAGAGACCACCGCCGAGCUGUAUAGGCAGGACGAUGAUACCCCCAACCAAGGCGACGAUGGAGCUCAGGCGGAAGGCCGGCACAUUUGUAACGUCAUAG